AUGUCGCCCUUACCCCAGGAUCCAGCUAAUUCGGACAAGAAGAAGAGCCCCAGUGCUCUGCGCUCCAUCCUGGCAGGCUCAACGGCUGGUGCCAUCGAGAUUGCUAUCACGUAUCCUGCCGAAUUCGCCAAGACUAGAUCACAGCUCAACAGACGCUUAGCAGAGGGCCAGAAGCUGCCGUGGCCGCCGUUUGGCAAGCAAUGGUAUGCUGGCUGCACAACGCUGAUCAUUGGCAACUCGGCCAAGGCGGGGAUACGGUUCGUCGCCUUUGACCACUACAAAAAGCUGCUUGCCGAUGAAAACGGCCAGCUUUCCGGCCCAAGGACAGUUCUCGCCGGCUUUGGUGCCGGCGUUACAGAGUCGCUCCUGGCUGUGACGCCAACCGAGAGCAUCAAAACCACGCUAAUCGAUGACCGCAAGUCUGCAAACCCUCGCAUGCGCGGCUUCCUCCACUCCGUCCCCAUCAUCGCCCGAGAACGCGGCAUCCGCGGCUUCUUCCAGGGGUUCGCGCCCACCACCGCUCGGCAAGCCGCCAACAGCGCCGUGCGCUUCGGCUCGUACAAUUUCUUCAAGCAAAUGGCCGAGUCGUAUACUGCUCCGGGGGAAAAGCUCGGCGCGAUCGGCACGUUUGCCAUGGGCGGUCUGGCCGGGCUGGUGACUGUUAUUGUCACGCAGCCUCUCGAUACCAUCAAGACCCGGAUGCAGAGCAUCGAGGCAAGGCAGCAGUAUGGAAGCACGAUUCGAUGCGCGUCCAUGAUUUUCAAGCAGGAGGGUGUCUUGACUUUCUGGAGCGGUGCGCUGCCCAGGUUGGCGAGGCUGGUGCUAAGCGGCGGCAUCGUGUUUACAAUGUAUGAGAAGAGCAUGGAGUUGUUUAGCAGGUUGGAUCCGGAGAUGAAGUACAUUUAG